UUUUUUCUCUUUUUUUGUACAGAUGUUUUUGUUUGUUUGUUUUGAAUGCCGAAUCGUUCCUGAAUGGUUCGACGUGUCAUUUUAUUCUGCUCUUGAUUUUGGGACGAGUGAUACGUGAAAGGAAGUAGAUCAUGGACCAUCCAUCUCCGGAGCAUUCGUUUCCUAUAACCGUUGGGGUCAGGGUGCGUCCCUUGACUACCCCGGCGAGUCCUGGGACACGAGCAGCAUGUCUGAGAGUAUUUCCAGAUAACAACCGCAUUGCCGUUCUGAAUGGACCACCAGAUGGGAACACGUUUCAGUUUUCUUCAGUUUUCCAUCCUAAUACAUCGCAGCAGCUCGUUUAUGAAACUUUGGUACACCCGUUGAUGGAGCCUUUCAUUGACGGACAAAAUGGAUGCAUUUUGGGUUAUGGUCCGAGUGGAUGUGGGAAAACGUACAGUCUUAUGGGAUCUGCGCUCUCAUGUGCAAUGAAUGAAUCUGACUUCGGAAUGCUGCAGCGCUUCCUUCGGGAUUUAUUUCAGAUCACCGAGGUGGUGCAGAACAGGAACUUCAGUGUUUCCGUUUCGUAUGUGGAAGUUUACCAAAAUCUUGUUCGCGACCUACUGAACGUCGAUGAAGCUGGGAAUUUUGUCAGCGUGUUAUUGGACAAAGAAGGAAGAGUCGUCUUACAUGGAAUGUUGGAAAUCGAUUGUCGAACACCGAGUGAAGCGAUUGCGUGCUUGGAUGCUGGCUCGCGUGAUUUCAAAGAAGAACGUGCUUCGACUAUGACCUUUGUUGAUUGCGGAACAUCGUCUGUUGUCAAUCCUGGCCUUGUGUCUUUGACUGGUGUUGUUCGUUCACUGAUAUCCGGCCAGCCACCACCAUAUCACUCGUCGAGUUUGACAACAGUUCUGAGGGAUGCCUUUGGCGGGAAUUGUCGCACCGUUUUUCUGUGCUGUGUCUCUGCAGCCGUCAGCGAUUUCGCCGAAACGAUCGAAUCGUUAUUGAUGUCCAGGGAUGUUUCGUUGCUUAGAAAUUUUCCAGUUUACAACAGGAAAAUCAUUCCCGGUGAUGACAUAAACGAUAAUUUAAACAACAAUGUGGACCCCAGUGAAGAACAUUGUGAGCAGAUCAAAUCUGGGGAUCAGAUGGAUUCUUUGUUUAGGCUACAGUUCGCUGCGAAACAGUAUGAGCAGCUCUUGGAAGGUGCUGAAGAACUUCUGACGUCGGUUUUAUUCUCGCUACCUGGUCGAAAUGGUACAGAUGAUGAAAGAGCUCGCAUUCAAACGUGGCUCUGCUUGAAGCAGGAAUGCCAGGAGUGCGUCGCUGACGCAGUAUGUUCUCAGGCUCAGCCAAUACCAUGUCUUUCAGAAGAUUCGCGGCGGGGGAGUAAAGCGAUCCCGGGGCUGGAAGUUAUCGAUGAAGUUACAGAACCGAGUGAGCACGAUGCUACGUUUGUUGCGGAUGAGGAUGACCAAGAAGAUGAAGACGACGAUGAUUCUGACGGAAACGAGGGCUCAUUCUGGGAUUCCCUGCAUCAGCACGAACAACACUUCCGGAUACUGGCUGCUAAUUCUCGCAUGCAUAAUGCAAAAACUAUUUUGGAGAAACUCGACCGGACCUUGAAUCAAAUGGAUGCGGAAACCAGUACCUGUAAUUUAAUGGGAUUGCCAUCGAGUUUUCAAUUGGAUCAAUGGGAUGAACACGUGCGAGGAGAAAUCAAACGCCUGCUGGAAGACGCCGAAACAAAAGAAAACCGAGUGAAGCGAUUCGACGUUGAUCUGAAAAUCUUGCAAGAUAAAAUCGCUGAUCUCAACGAAACGCUGAAACUGAAAGAAGACCUGAAAGCAGAACUUCUGAAACAAGGAGAAAACGCCGAGGAAGUAAAGCUGAAAUUCGAGAAAAAAAUCAAGCAACUGGAGCAGCAGUGCAAAAAGCAAAAUGUAGCUGUCGAGAAUGAAACUGGCGCUGAUAAUUCUGAAGAUGUUGUUAAACUCCGUAAAAAGAUCGAACGCUACGAGAACAAGUUGAAGGGUGUUGAAGUGGUUUCUGCCGAAGGCUACAUGAAGAGAGUCGCAGACCUUGAGCUCAGUCUUCAUUUGAUGAACGAAGAGCAAGAACGUUUGCGACUACAGCUUAAAGAAGAGCAGGACCGGAAAGCUAGACUGGAGAAAGACAUGCUCGUGGAUCAUGAAAAAAUGAAAUUGCUGGAAGGCUUGAUUCGUCGGCAAGAGACUAUCUUGAAGUUGUCUUCUUCAUUUCAUCAGCAAAAAAGCCAUCAGAUUAGCGAAGAACUGAGAAACUUCGAAGGUGCUGAACAGUUCAAAGCCGAGCUUGUCAAUAUCGUUGCUCACCAAAGAUGGUUGGACGAGGAAGAAAAUCGUUUGAUCAAACUGCGCUGUCAAAACAAAGACUGUGCAAAGGAAGAUUCCGCUCGUCCCGAAACGUUGGAAAUCGUGCAACAGGUUGUCGAAAACACUCCUGUUGGAAACAGCAUCAAAAGCCCUAGUAGAACGAUUGAUGCCUCUGUCGGUCCAUCUCGUGACGCAGAUGAGGGCGAAGAGUCUGUGAGAAACGAAAUUCGCAGUCUGCGAGUGACUCGGGAUUCUCUCACAUCUGAGCGUCAGACCCUCGACUUUCGGGGGAAAAUUUUGACCGACUCUGAAGAGAAACGACUGAUCGAGCUUGACGAGGCAAUUGAAGCCGUAGAUACGGCAAUCGAGUACAAAAACGAUGUCAUCUGUUCCCGUGGGGAACCGUUACCUCUGGUCACUGAAGCGAAUCAUCAGCGUUCCCUUUUUGUUGUUGCGGUUUUCACGACUAUUCGAUCAGAAAUCCGUCAUCAGUCGAUUAUUUUUUAUGUGAUUCAAACAUAUGCCUUCGAGAUCAUUAAAACGGUUGCCCUAAACGAUAUGAGUAGAAAAUCGAGAUUGUCCCGAGCUUUGAAGGAACUUGUGUUUGUGAUACCUGCUUCGGCGCAAGGACCAGGAGCAUUUCGAUUAUCCUCGGAUGUUUUUCGCGUACUGCGCCGAAUUGAUGUUUUCGCCGUGCGAAACCUGCGUGAUUUCUUCCACAUUGAAACAUUCGAUGGGCAUCACGCUUAUUUCGUGACGGCUUCAGAAAGUGACACGAGCUUGGUAGCACGACUAAUGAACUUAUCUCCGAUGGAAUGCAAAUCCCUGUUGUACAAGUAUUUCCUCAAAGUCAUCGACCUUCGCGAUCAAGCUCGACAGCAGGAGUUCAUCCACACCGAGUUGGAAACCAAGUACGAAGAACAGCAGGGUUACAUCCAGCAGCUGUCGGCUGCCUUGCAUCACGCCAAUUUAGAAAAGGAACGGAAGGUUGCGUCCUUGCAAAAGGAAUACGAAGAGAAAAUGGCUGUUCUUCUGCAACAGUUGGGAGGGCAGCAUUCGUUCGAUUCGACUUCCGUGCCCAGCAUUGAGAGCUUGACCAGGAAACUGAGGGCAAGAGAAAAGGAGCUCAGUUAUUACAAGCACGCUAGUCGGGAGUACAAAAAGAAAUUGAAGGAUGUUCUGAAUGGACGGAAUAUUGACACUGAAGGAAUGAGAUUAACACCGAGUCCUCCGCCAAGCCAGACGAUACCGGUGCACAAGUUGCGUCCUCUGGCUCAGGCCAUGGGUCACAGCGUACCACCGAACAUGACGACGAAAGUGACCCGAGAAAAGAAUAAGCUCGUGAUCCAGCGAGAUUAUGCCAGCGGGUCGGGUCAGCUCGGAAUGAGUGGGUCGAGAAGUGCUCACGUACCUGGGCAUUAUUAUCACGGACAUGCGAGUGGUUCUCCAAACUCGCCGGGUCAUCCAAAUUACGAUCACACUUCCCGACGAUUCGGUGGCAAUGAUCAUCAUCAUGCUUGGUGAACGGGUGCAAAUCUACUUCCUCAUCACUGCGAGCCAUGUUGUUCGAAGUCGUGGCUGUUCGUCGUGUCGGCAUUUUUCCUGUGAAUCAAAGGUCGUUCAAUUCGAGCUUAUGUUGUUUUUGAAUUGGAUCUUGAGCGAAGUGAGCAUCUGCGUUUUCGCUUUGUCGCACGCAAACUGUUGAACCGUGUAUUAAAGUGAUUAUUAUUCGUUUUUUUUUUUUUUUUUUUACCUUGAGCCGUCCAUCAACGAAGUGCUCUUAUUCGGAUCAUCGCGCAAUAACCGGAAUAAAAAGAGUAAUUUUUCAGA